AUGGCCUACGAAUUGGAGAGCAAGACGCCUGGUUCUAAUCACGACGGGGUGGCUCCAAUAUCUGACUACGAUCGUGACGAUGCGAAUCUGCAGCGAAUGGGCAAAAAGCCUGUCUUGAAGAGAAACUUUAAUGUCCUCUCCAUUCUCGGUUUUAGUUGCACGAUGUUGGGAACUUGGGAAGGGGUUCUUGGUGGCGGCUCCGGCGGUGCCAUUUAUUCGUUUAUUUUUGCCUGGGUUGGCACCAUUUUGAUGUUCAUAGUCUUCGCGGAAUUGGCUUCAAUGGCGCCGACCUCCGGAGGCCAAUACCACUGGGCAGCUAUGCUUGCCCCAGUCAAAUAUCAGAAGGUUCUGAGUUUUGUAACGGGAUGGCUUGCUGUAAUUGGGUGGCAGGCCGCUUUGGCUGCGUCCUCCUUCAUGACAGGACAGAUGAUCCAAUCGUUAGCCAUCCUUGGAAACCAACUCUACAAUGCUCAACCAUGGCAAGGGACAUUGAUUAUCUGGGCUACUCUGAGUCUAUCAUUGAUUGUCAACUUGAUUGGAGGAAAACUUCUCCCCCGCAUUGAGGUGGUCGUGUUGGUUCUUCAUAUCCUUGGUUUCUUCGCCAUCAUGAUUACCCUCGUGUACAUGGCCGAACCAAACACCGCAAAAGAGGUGUUUACGACUUUUCAAAAUGGGGGAGGCUUUUCUACCCAGGCACUGUCAUGGUUUGUAGGCAUGACAGGCAGUGCUUUUGGAUUUGCUGGUGGAGAUGGUGUUGUGCAUAUGGCAGAAGAGAUCGCAAAACCCGAAAGAGUGAUUCCUCGGGCACUAAUGCUUAGUGUUGCAAUCAACGGCUGCCUUGGGUUCGGUAUGAUAGUUGCUAUGUUAUUUUCUGCUGGGCCUGAUCUUGGUGGGCAGUUGGGUGAGAUCACCGGCUAUAACUUUAUGGGCAUCUUCAUGGAAGCAACCAACUCGCUCUCGGGCACAAUAGCCAUGUGUUCGAUCGUGAUAAUCUUUUACGGCUGUGCCGUGAUGGGUCUUUUGGCCGCAGCAUCUCGACAGCUCUGGUCUUUCUCGCGAGACAGGGGGGUACCGGGAUGGAGAUGGUGGAAACAGGUCUCCACUUCAAGACUUUUACCGGUCAACGCCAUCGUCCUUUCAGUGACUAUCUCUACGCUUCUAGGCCUGAUAAAGAUUGGCUCCACCCUUGCCAUGUACGAUGUCGUGUCGUUGGCUGUGUCCGGCAUCUACCUUUCGUAUCUCGUCGUUGCCAUCUUGCUUCUUAUUCGUCGAGUCCAAGGCUAUAUCUACCAUACUAGUGAUUCCGAGGACGAACUUGUCAACGUACCUGGAGCAAAGUUAGUAUGGGGACCGUUCCAUUGCCCCGGCGUGCUCGGCAUUGUAGUGAACGCUCUCGCUGUGGUAUAUAUUACUAUUGUUGUCUUUUUCAGCUUCUGGCCAAGUCUUAUGAGCCCAACGGUGGAAGAGAUGAAUUGGGCCAUUCUCGGAGUCGGCGCAACCAUGUUCUUGACCAUGGUAUACUUUGUUUUCCGUGCCCGCCAUAUUUACACCGGUCCUGUUGUGGAACUUUAA